UUUGUGUACAAAUUUUUUUAAAAACAGUCCAUUGACUAGUUUAGAUUCUUGUCACAAUUACUUGUGCUGUUAUUUUUGUUCGCCUUUUAUCUGCUUUAUUGUUGAAAUGAUGACCGACUCAAGUCUUGAUGAGCUUGAUGUUGGGCUAAAUUUUUUGUUUGAGGAGCUUCCAGAAGAUAUUGAGAAUAACGAAGUUGAUGGUGCAUCUUCGAAACUCGUUGUGAAAUUUGUAAGCGCUGAUUCAUUACUGCCGAAGUGUUUUAUUAAUUCUGAAAAUAAAGCUGUACAAGAAGAAAGGAGCAAAAUAAGGACGGUCAAGGAACCUAUCAUCAAAAAGUUUAAUUGCGGUUACAGGCAUCUUCGCGAUCAUAUAGCAAGUUUGCUCUUAUUUGAUCAAUCUGUACAUGAAGAACAAAUGAAAAGUAUUAUGCUGCAUUUGGAGAAAAUCUGCAACAAUACAUUGCUUGAGCUCUAUCAUAAUGCCAGUUAUGCAAUUGUACUGAUGAAGCCAUUUAGUUAUGCCAUACUGAGAGAUAAAUAUGUUCAUGAAAAUGGAAUCAGAUGUGGAAAUAUUGGUAUCAAGUGCUUGGAAGCUGUAAGCCUUGAUCCUUUGCCAAAGGUUUACGUCGAAAUACAGACAUCAAAAUCAACGGGAGAAUUAAUCAGCGAUGCCUUUUCGAAUGCAUUAGUUAAGUUUUGCUCAAAUUUCCGUUACCUUCGGGUAGUCGAGAGCGAUAAGUUACCGGCAAUAACCACACUCAACCCUUCGAUAAACAUUUCUUUGCUGUUUGGCGCUCGUGCCAACCGAAAUAUGGCAAGUCUCCAGAAGUGCUUAUCUGAAAAUAGCGACGAAUGGAUUGAGAAGAAUAUCACACAUUCCUUUGAUCCCGAAUACGAGCAUUUUUACGCGUUGAGAAAUCGACCUGCGCCUUUGUUGUCUUUGCUCAAAAGUAAAGGCGCGCACGGGGUACAAGUCGCGAUUCGAUUUUCGAGAAACAUGGAGGAAAUGAAACGCUUUUAUGGCGGUAUCACCAAUAGGAAAUGUUUAAAUCGUCCCAAUUCGGUUACCGGUACCACCUGUGCCAUUUAUUCUCUUGCUAGUGACUUGGAGUUGGUUCUCAUUCAAAACAACGACAUUACUACAGAGGUGUGUAGCUCGAUUGUUCUUUGUAUUUGCAUCGAGAGUUUUUCAAAGUUAGCCGAAGACAUAAAGGCAACUGCAAAGCGCGUUACAGAUGGCCACUGGGAAACUGUGGAUCCUAUCGGGAAUAGGGUGCAACUUAUCGUUCUGUUUGAAUGACGGUAGAUGCAAUGAAAAAGUACGGCUGCUGGGAAUUCAUAGAUACGUUGCUCUUGGGCGAAAGAGGAGAAUAACCUUGCUACUGAUAUCUGUAGUUUUGCUCUUUGAAACCAAUUUACUGAAUGUUCAGACGAUCGAAGAUGGCGACAAAACUCAAUCCAGAUUUACAAAGAGAUCUUUGCGAGCUGUGAAAAAGAAGCGUGUCCACAUUCCUGCCAAGGAGAUUCUCAAUUUUCCUUCAAACUAUCACGCGAAGGGUGUCCUCUCUUUACCGUAUGGAAAUAUUGUUGAGCCUUUUGAAGCAUGGUAUUCAGGACAGCACAAAUUAAGUCGUAUUGAUUACUAUGGAGGUAUGGAUCGGACCUACCAGAAGGAAUUGAUCGGAGAGCAUGGUUUUGCCUGUAAAAUAGUCCCAGAAUACUCUGAAAGGACUCAAAGAAAUUAUCGCGGCUGUUUGCAUCGACAUGGAACGAAGGAAUUCCCGGUGAAAGCACAGAGCAUUGUUCCGACACCGUAUUAUUUCAAGUACAUCAAAGACGUCGCUCUUCGCGGACAUCACUCUGCAGUUUGGCAACACGAGUUCAAAGUUUUCAACAAAGUUAAUACCUAUGUACUUUAUACUACGAAGACAAAACCUUUGAAGCCAUUGAGAUACGAAAUGAUGGGUUAUGAUACUUUACUUUCUUCUUAUUAUGAUCAUUACGUUCUCGACUAUGACAUUUUUGAAUCGUGGAACUUUGAUCGGAGGACAUUGGAAAUUCCAAUGGAUUUGAACUGCUUUGAUUAUUCUUCGAAGAAUUUCGCGAGCACCGUCGGUGAACUUAACCCGAUGUUGGAAUUUCUGUCGCAUUCGGAUGAUCGGACACCAUUCACUCUUUUCAUCUUUCAAAAGGCAUGGCUGACGCUGAUGAACGAGACAGUUUGCCGAGCGAUAACGUAGCAAAGAGUACCACUCCGACCAUCUGUAUUCUCACGAUGGAGGAAAAGUGUCUAUGGAACUAAGAUAAGUAGAAACCUUGAAGAAUCAACGUCUGGAUUUGCUGAUGUCAACACCGACCGCACGGUUCAUGAUAAACUUAAAAAUACUCCAGUUGAAUAUGAAGAGACAGACGGAGUACCUUUGUACAAAAGCACUAUUCGACCCUGGUAUGGUGGGACGAGAAAAAAACUCAGAAAUUUUCCAUCAAAACGUCGAAACCGUUUCAAAAAUGCUCUCUUAUCAAGACGUCAAAAGCACAGAAAGCGCUUUACGGAUUUGAGCUCGUCACGUUCAAAAGACAAAUUUCGCGACGAUACUUCACGAAAUUAUUAUCUGCGGCCACGAGAUAUUUUUACGAAACUUUUACGAAGUCGGAAUGCCUUACAUAGCAGGUUGUCCGCGCAAGUUGGAAAGAGGAUUUUGGAUGGUGAAAUACAUCGACGUCAAAGACUCAUUGAGGCAUUUUUAAACGGUUCCAAUUUACAAAAUCGGAUUCAAAAUCGAUUGAGCUGGAAAAGUUUCGCUUAUGGAAACGGUGCGUCGCAUCACAACUACGAGGGAAUCGUUGACAAUCUGUUCCGCUCGUUCAAAAAUACUCACAAGAAAAGUUAUAAUUCAAUAAAAGAAAACGAAUCUAGGAAGGAUAUUUAUCGCCAUAAUCUAAGAUUUAUACGAUCGCGAAAUCGGAUGCAUUUAGGUUAUAAAUUACGUUCGAAUCAUUUCAUGGAUAUGACAGAUGACGAGCUGCAUAAACACAAAGGUUUAUUACAUGAUGAAGACGAGAUGGCAUCUGAUGGCGGUUCGUCUUUUCGACCAAUCACCGAUGAUUUUCCUCGUGAAGUCGAUUGGCGUAAACUUGGUGCUGUCAAUUCCGUAACAAGCCAAGGCAUUUGCGGUUCUUGUUACGCUUAUGCAGCUACUGGAGCAUUGGAAGGAGCUUAUUUUACGCAGUACGGCUAUCUUCCAAAUUUCUCCGAGCAGGAAAUCAUUGAUUGUUCCUGGGGUUUUGGAAAUCGUGGCUGUAAAGGGGGCUACCCCCAUAGAGCUAUGAAAUGGAUCAUGAAACAUGGCGGUCUUGCCGAAGAGCAUACGUAUGGACGUUAUUUGGCCCAGGAAGGCUAUUGUCAUUUCAAGAACGUCAGUAUAGGCGUUAAACUUCAUUCGUACAUGAAAAUUGCUCAAAGAAAUGCGACGGAAUUGAAACAGGCUAUCGCGCAAUAUGGACCUGUUACUGUUUUGAUAAACACACGUCCAAAGUCGUUUAAGUUUUACAGUUCUGGCAUAUACUACGAUCCUGAGUGUUCUGGUAGUACUCUGGACCAUGCAGCUUUAGCCGUUGGUUAUGGCGUAGAAAAGGGUAUUCCUUAUUGGCUCAUCAAGAACUCGUGGUCAAGGGCCUGGGGCGAGUCAGGUUACAUCAAAAUAGCGGAACGAAAUAAUAACUGUGGGGUAACAUCAAGAGCAAUUGCUGUAAGGAUACAUUGAGUAUAAUGUGUUGGUGCAACUGUGUUCGUUGCAUGACUAUUAGGGUUGGAGUAAGGAUAAAAUGAUUGUAGAGAUUGAUGUGUUUGAGCAACUCCACCAGAUUUUAACAAAAUUGUUGUAGACUGAAUUUUAUAAAAUAUGUCUACAUCGAA